GAGUCCUGACGGCUCCUGUGGCUCUGCAGACAAAUUAGAGCUCAGGCUGUUUCAGCAGACAGCCAGGUGCAACUUUCAGCAGCUCUCUGAGGGGAAAACAAGAGCAGAAACAGCUUCAAAUCAGACGAUAAUUCACACUCAGAAUGAUCCGAGGUCUCUGUUUAGGGUUAGUUAGAGUCCCUCUGUUUUUCCUGCUGCUGGGCUUGGUCUCAGGGUUGUUACAGAUGGAUCAUCGCAGUGACGCAGACCAAGACCAGGAGCUAAAUAAAGCUAUUUUAGAGAUGCUUCACAUCAAUAAAGUGUCUGCGAGCCAUCAGAACAAACCUCACCCCUACAUGACGAGGAUCUAUCAGCGUCUGGACUCAUUGGAGGAUCAGGACUUUGAGAGCUCUGAUGGGACGCUGGUGCAAAGCUUCAGGAGUGUCGGUGGUGAGGACAUAAGAUUUGUUUUAUAGAGCUCCAGAUCUCCCAUAACUGGAUUUUAUCAUUAUGUAUGAUAUUAACGUGUAAGAAUGCAGCUUAACUUAUGAUUCCACUUCCAUAAAUUUACAUCAAUUGUUAUCAAACAUCCUUUUUUGGAGGUAAAAAUACAUCAAAUAUCUACUUCAAAAUGUAUUAUGAUUGCUGUUGGUCUCACCCAGGUCCACAUGGCGCCCCUCCAGGCUGGAUCUGGUUCAACAUCAGUGGCUUGAGCCCCUCCAUGCUGGGCGCAGAGCUAGUCCUAUUCAGGAAAACCCUGCACCCCAGUCCUCUCAGUGUAACAGUCACCUUGCACAGUCUCAGUGUCACCCAGGACGUCCCGAAGGAAAGCCCUGCCCUUGAUGAGAGGCUGCUGACUCUGGACCAGAGACCCCCAUCUGGGUAUGAUGUGUUCGAUGUGUCUGCUGUUCUGGAUGUGAGGCCCGUGGAGGUGGUGGGGUUUCAGCUGAGGUACACAGAUGAGAGUGGAAGUCUGGUCCUCCAUGAAGCUCUGACCCAGAGUCUGUACUGUCUAAACAGAGAGUCUCUGAGUGAGCCCUUACUGGUGCUCUACCAGGUACAUCCUGUCCUCAUAUAAUAACACUGAAACCACUGAGGCCAGUUAAAUGUUUGUCUUGAUAUCCUGAAUAUGACUAAUCAAAUAUGGGUUAACCUACAGGUCAGGCUCUGAUCCAGCUGUUCUGAUCCUGAUUCUGAUAUUAGUCUUUAGACAUUCACUGAUAAUGAGUCCCAGACCUUCUGAUCAUUACUAAGCUGCACACCUCACUGGACACCACCUGACAAAACUUUAUCACUUCUAGACAACAAAAAACUUGAUUCUUUCAACAUCUGUGGAUUUUAAAUUACAAAAUAAUAAAGAUAGUGAACGUUAUUAAAGGUAGUGAAUUUGUCAGCAAAACCCCCUGUUUCCAAGUGUCUUGAAAGCAUUCAUAUUCAUAAAAUACUGUCCCUAUUUGAGAGCUGUGGACUUUUUUAUUUUGCAGAAUGUGUCGUGUUUUUUCUUUUCACAUUUCAAAAAAAUAUUUUUACAUAUUCAAGCAUCCUGUUCAGUAUUUUUGCAGUUUGUAAAAUUCUCUUGUUGAAAAAUAGUUUUUUUGUUUUAGUAGUUUUGUAAUUAGUUUUGUAACUUUUGUGCCUCAUAAAAAAAGUAUUGGGCUUUGUGAUGAUCUUUUAAAAAGUUGUUUCCAAUGUUUGUGUGUAAUGUUAAGUUUUUAAGUUGUAUCUUCUCCCUGCCCCCUUCCAACCAAUGGAUAAGAAAUGUUGCAAUGUGACAUGAUAUUGUCAAAUUGAGAAAUUGCCUUGGCUGGAAUAAAAAAAAAAAAAAAGGAAAGAAAGACAGGAAUAAAGUUUUUGCUGUUCUUUAUACAUUUCUUGUGUAAAGUUUCGGUGUUUGGUGAAAUGUUUUUAUGUUUGAUAAACUGAAAUGCUGUUGACCUUUAGGGCCACCAUACUGCAUGUCAGAUUUCAUAGUGUUAUGGAAAUUAUGUUACACUGAGUAGUGGUCUAUCAUACAUAAAACCUUUAUUUAUUACAUGCUUUGGCAGAAAAGCACACCAGAGUGAGUAAGAUGCAACAAGGAUAAACUGUAAAUGAAACAAGUCAGCAGUAAAUUCCCGUUUUUGUUUGCAACACUAACUCCUUUAAUGGCCUAUUGUGUGAAAGUGUUAUGCCUAAAUGUAUAUGUAAGGCAUUUGUAAUCAUUUUUGUUUAUGCAUCGUGAUUGAUUUGUUCAUAAUUCUGAAUUAAAUCGUUAAAACAUA